UCCAAAACGUACUUCGUAAAACAUUAUUAAAAUUUAGUAAGUUAGGUUAGUUACUAACUGCUACUACACAACUCGUGACAUCACGUGACACGAUGUGAUGUCAUUCACGAUUCAAACCCAUUCAAACUGUCAGUUUGUAACCAUUUGUUGUCAUCGUAAAGUUGUACUACGUGAUCUAUUCUAUAUAAGUACGCGCGAUCAGGUGUUGUAUACAAUCAGUGGAUUAUGGAUAAAAGAAAAUUAAAAUUUAGAGGUGGUUUGCAUAAAAAUUUGAUAGGAAGUCAAACAUCAUUAAAUAGUGGAUCAUCUUUUGAAACUAAAAGCCACAAUGCUGAACCAUCGACAAGUAAAAUAACAUUAUUAAGCAACAAGACAUUUUCAAGUCAAAGUCAAAAUAAGUCAUCGAAUGAAGAAAUAUUCACGAAUAAUAGUAAAUCAUCUCAGGGAGAAACGUCUAUACGUAAAAGCAAAACAUCGAACGUUGUAUCGUCACGUAAACGUAAAUCGUUGAGCUUUAGUGAAUCAAAAGAUGAAGAUGAUGAUGAUUUGGGAGCACCUUUAGCUGAAUCUACAGUUUUAAAAAAACGACGAGACAAUUCAACUGUUACCCAAAUAGAAUGUGAAAAUAUUAAUUCUAAAAAUAUUUCAACUACUUUACAAAAUAUUAGCACAACUUUGAAUACGCAAUGUGAAUUUGUUAAAUUUUUACAUGAAUCAGGAAUUAAAUUAAAUCCAGUUGCUCCGCAUAUACUAAGUAAAGAUAUUAUAAUAGUUCGCCAAAAAAUGAAAGAAUUAUUAAAUUCAAAAAAAUAUGAGAAAGCAAAAUUAAUGGAAUUAAUGAAAGAUUAUUUCGACGAUGAGCAAAAUCUUGAAAAUGCAUUAAAUGAUAUGGAAAUAUUUGUUAACAGUGAAGUGUCACAUGUCUUACACAGUUCAUCUCUCAUAAAGAUUUUAUUACAAGUUUCUGAGUUACAUCCAGAAAUAUAUAGCAGUCUUUUAACUAAACUCAAUGAAGCUAUACUUGUAGCUGAUUCCAUUGAAACAGUGCCUUGGGCUAUUUCAUUGCUACAACAAUUUCGUUUCUUAGAUGUUGUAACUAAUUCUGAUGCUUUAACUAAUAGUUUAGAACAACUCUUAGAAUCAUGUCCUACAUGGUUUCAAAGAGAACUGAUUUUAGUCUUACCUGAUAUUGUCACUGAUAAACAACAUCAAGCUGUUGCUGAAAUUUUAGACAAAGUAUUGGAAGACAACUCUGAAAUAACAAGUUUAAUUCUAGACUGUAUGAGUAACUUGAAUCUUGGCAAAGAAUACUUGGAUGAGUAUAAGAAUAAAAUAUUAAACUUGUUAAAAACAAAUAUAAAAGUAAAUGCUAUACCAGCUGUUGUAAAAUUCAUUCUAGAAGAUUGUACAAAUAUGGAUAUUUUUAAAAAGACAUUAACAGUUCUACGUAAUAUUGAUAUGCAACCUCUUGCUGGAGAAAAUGUUGCAGAAUGUUAUCAAAAUCAAUUAGAUAUAGUCGAUACUUUAAAAAUGAAUAUGCUCCUUUCCAAAAGUAUAAUAAAUACAGCAAUUACAGUUAUAAAAGACAUUGUUAAAGAUCCAAAACCAUUAGAUAUCAUUCUUUUACUUCUUAUAUUUUCGACUACAGAGAUUAGGAGAAAAAACGUUGAAACUAUAUUUAAACAACACAUACGAUCCGGUUUUUAUAGAGCAAGUUUGCUAAACUCAUUGUACAAUGACUAUAAACAGGUUGUACAGGAAUUGCAACCUGCAGCAUUACAAUUAUCAAGUAAUUUGCUAAAAUCGGAUGAACGUGUGUUUAUUGACUUUGCCAUCGAUUGGUUACGAUUGCAGUUCAUAUGUCAUAAAAAAAAUAUGUUUAAUCAACGUGAAAUUUUAGAAAGAAUAAUAUUUCUUAUGGGUGAUAAUGAUCAGACUGUAAAAAAUGCUUUGACAUUUCUUUGUAAAAUGGUGACGAAAGAAGAAGAAAGACAAUGUUUGGCGCCGCAUUGCAAUCAUCUUCGCAUUUUGCUUGAGAAGAUGGAUAAUUUAGGUUUACAGGAUGUUGGCACAGUGAACGAUUUAUUGCAAAAUUUAUGCAUAAACUCUAGUUCUGUAUCUGAUUCUUUACGAGAUGACCUUUUCAUAUUACUCCAAAAGCAGUUGUCUAACUUUAAACCACUGUAUGUAUUAAUUAAGUAUGAAGAGAUUAUUUUAAAUAAACAUUUUUUUUAUUUUAAAUUAAAUUAUUUUAGAACAAAAUGCAAAGGUGUUUUGGCAGCAGUUAUGGCAAUAAAACAUUUAAUGAAGAAAGAUGAAACUUCUAAAGCAGCUUAUAAUCUAUUUAAUACAGUACUGAACAAUGUGAAGAAUUGCCCAAGAUCACAGGCCUUAUUUUACGAUCAAUUAACGCUUAUCAUUUCCGAAACUCAAGAUAUCGAUACAGAAUUUAUAAAGAAUCUUUCAAAUUUCAUUGAGGAAGAAUUUGUUAACACAUAUAUGAUUGAUAAAUCCUCUUAUAGAGGAGAAUUAGUUCCUAAAUUUGGAUUGAACAAAGCAGAAGAUGAACCACAAAAUUGUGUUUUAACGUUCGAAAACAAGAAAUUCGGUGCCAUUGUACCAAUUUCAUUUAAACUUCUUAGAACUUGUUGUAUAAAACUUAGUAAAAAUGGAGAUUUAGAUGCUAUAGAUUCUCUUUUGGGAUGUGGAAUAUUAAUGCCAGAAAAUUUUGAUGUAGCAGAAAAUUCAACAAUGGAUUUAGUAAUAUGUUGUAUCAAUUGGUUUCGCGAAAUAAUUAGUGGUUUUGUUAUGCAAAAAGAUUCUUUACUACAAAAACAAGUGUUACAACGACUUGAUAAUUUAAUAUAUUUGCAAACUGAAUUAAGCACAUUAUUUUCUUUAUGCGAUACAAAAUAUCAACCAUCUCCAUGUUAUUUCCAUCAUUUUCCUCUACCACAUUUUGUAAAAAUUGAGAAGAAAGUUGGAAGAAAGGGUAAAAAAGGAAAGAAAGUAUCUCCAGAAAAAUCUACUAGCUUCAGCGAGACAAGAAGCUGGGAAUUAGGUUCUUUGAUAUGUUCUAAAAAUCCAACGUAUUUUAGAAGAUUGGAUGCAACGAUUGUACAUCUGCUAGAUAUAAAACUGAAAUUAAAUACAUCACAAUCUAAACAGCACAAUGUAUCAGUGAAACAAGUAUGCUUCAUUGUUAAAGAACUCCUAACAAUCUUUGAACUUGAAAAUAAUGAAAACUUCGUAAGGGAUCUAAUUGAAUUGUUACCUAUAAUUUGUUCAAAGUUGCAAGAUAUUGUAGACACUUUAAGAGAGGAAAGAAAUAAUCAAAAUAACGAAGCUGCUAGAUUGUUAUUAUGUCUCUUAACAAAAAUUUUUAACUGGAAAGGAUUCGAAAGUGUCACUUAUAAUCUGUUAUUACGAGAGGGUUUGCGAACUGUAGCAAGUCAGAUAAAUAAAAACAAUGUUACCUUGCGAUCUUGCAAGGAACUUGUUGGAGAAUCAUGUAAAUAUUUUGAGUCGUUAGCUGAUAUUGCUACGCAAAUAUCAUUAGCUAUUACGUUAAUUAAUACGUGUCAAUCAAUAAUGAAACAUUCCGAAUCUUAUACAAGAGAAAACAAAGAGAAAUACGCAAAAAUGGCAUUUGGAUUUCUAUGUCUUGAGUGGCCAGAUGACAAAGAAUUUACUUCUCAGUAUAAAGCAGCAGUAAUUGGAUUAUUAAAUAGUUGGAUUGAUAACGAAACACUACCACUACAAACAGUAACAACAAUUUUGGAAUGGCUCCCAGACGAAACUCCUAAAUUAGUGAAACCUCAAGACUGUUUGAAUAGAAUACCUUCAAUAAAAAGAAAUAAUUUUCAUUUCUUAUUCAAGAAAAUAUUUGAUGGUCUGGUUAAUGGUGUGAAAAUAGCACUACCAUUAGCUAACAGAGAUCCAGAAAGAAUAGAAAUAUGGUCUGAAGUUGCAGCAAACGUUCAAAAAUUAGUACAAAUAUCCAAAGCUUUAACUACAAAAAAUAACGUACUAAUUUUUAUGAAACACAUGCCCAUAUUAUUAAAAUAUUUUUUAAAUCUUGGAAUGCCAGUUCUUGAACACAACUUAAAAUAUCAAAUGGAUGAUGUUACCAGAAUAUUGAAAAUGAUGCAAGGAGGUACACGAUAUUUACACACAAUAUGUUGUGACAGUUCAGAAAAAAAAGAUAUUACAUUAUCAAAAUACAUUCCUGCAGCUAAAUCUGUAUUAGAACGAUUACUUUACAGCGUAAAAGGAAUGCUGGUUCUCAAUAAUAGUCCUGCUGCUUUUUGGAUGGGUAACCUUGUUAAUAAAAACUUAGAAGGCCAAGAAAUUCUUUCACAGAGUGUGUCAUCAGAAGGGAAUACUUUACCAAGUUCUGAUGUUAUCGACAAUUUAACUAAUGUAUCGUCGGAUAUUUUAGAUAGUGAUUCAGACGAUGAUCUUCCUGGAGAUGAUGACAUAUAAUUAUUUUCAGAAAAUGA